AUGAAUGUUUUGUAAUCAAAAUGAUAUCCCCCACGCUAAUUAGCUAUAUAAACCACAUGGCUGCCGUUCUGACGUUCUUUCCAGAGCUGAGAAGUUCCUGCAGUUCCUUGUCUGUAGUACUCUGAAAUAGUCGCCAUGGCUGCAGACGGAAUCAUUCGUGACCAUGAGGCAAUGGGGGAGAAAGCCGAAUUGGCGCAUGAGGAGAUUGUUCACCUCACUGAGCUGACUCCACAAGAGAAAAUCUUGGAGAAGAAGCUGCUUCGUCGAAUCGAUUCCAUCAUCCUCCCUUUUGUUAUCAUCGUGUACCUGAUGAACUAUAUUGAUCGAAAUAACUAUGCCUCUGCCAAAUUGCAAGGUCUCAUGGCCUCAUUGCAUAUGAACGACUCCCAAUACCAGACCGGUCUAUCCAUUCUAUUCGUCGGAUACAUCCUGAUGCAAGUCCCCUCCAACUUGGCUCUUAACUAUAUCGGACGGCCAUCCGUAUACAUCGGCUUCUUCGUCGCUGCCUGGGGCCUGGUCUCUGCUCUGACCAGCCAGGUCAAGAGUUACGGCGCCAUAAUCGCCUGUCGUUUUAUCCUCGGUAUUGUCGAGGCCCCCUUCUUUGCCGGUAUCUUGUUCUACCUUUCCAGUUGGUAUACCAAGAAAGAACUCGCUCUUCGAAUGAGUAUUUUCUACUCUGGCUCUCUCCUCAGUGGUGCCUUUGGAAACCUCAUCGCAGCUGGCAUCUUGUCCGGUCUUGAAGAUGCUCGCGGAAUGGCAGCAUGGCAAUGGCUCUAUAUCAUUGAAGGAUCAAUCACUAUUUUCGUUGGAAUUCUCAUCAUGCUCUUCCUUCCCGACUUCCCCGAGAACUGGAGGCUCUUAUCCCCCGAAAUGAAGGCUGUUGCCAUGCGACGUCUUGCCAUCGAUGCCGCAGAGGCCGACAGUGAUGAAUCUGGUGGCAUGAGCCAGUGGCGCGGUGCAAAACUCGCUUUCACUGAUAAACGUACCUAUCUCUUCGCCCUGGCAUACAUGUGUGUUGUCGCUGCCACCGGUUUCCAAUACUUCUUCCCAACCCUUACCAAAACCCUGGGAUACAGCAAUAUCAUCUCCCUCUUACUCGUUGCGCCGCCGUACGUGUUCAUGGUGUUCUAUUCCAUUCUUCACAAUCACAUAUCGGACAAGUUCCAGAAGCGAUUCAUUUUUUACGUUAUUCCCAUCCCAAUCUCCAUCGUCGGAUUCAUCAUUUUCAUGACAACAUCGAGUUUCGGCCCACGAUAUCUGUCGCUUUUCCUGAUGAAUUUUGCCUUCUGCAUGAUCGCCACUAUAUUCGGAUGGAUUGGUUCCACCAUUGCUCGCCCACCGGCCAAACGAGCUGCUGCAUACGCCUUUAUCAAUUCCAUUGGUAAUUCAGCCAGUAUCUGGACAGCAUAUACCUAUCGCGCCCAGGAUGCGCCUCACUAUCGUCCCGCGCUUGGUAUUUGUAUUGCCAUGCUGGGAGUAGCCUUCCUCACUGGGCUAUACUUGUAUGUUGACCUCAGGUCGGAGAAUAAGCGACUGGAACGUCUGGAGAAUGAGGAUAGUAUCUUGUCGGAGCGAGACUUGCGACGAUUGCAAAAGACUGCUGAAGUUGAGGGUAUUGAUGUUGCGGCAGCUCGUCGGUUGCAGAAGGGAUUCCGUUAUGUUCUUUAAUUUAUGUAUAUAGCGUCGCAUGCCUUGAUGAUUAAAUGAUCAAUUGAAUGUUUCCAUCACAUCGGUAAUC